UCAAAGUGCGUAAAAGUUCUCAAAACAGUGUUAGUUCUUGGUAGUCCUUCAAAUGCAAUGGUAUGCUACAAAUGGCAAGCCAAACGCUAGAGAUAUCGUUAUAGUUUUGAUAUGCAUGUAACUCAUACGGUUUACAAAGAAGUACCGCGCGCAAAAUUUAGUGUUUGGCGAGAUGUUUGACUUCGAAGGAGAGUGGAGCAUUUCUUUCGCAGGCUGUGGAUUUUUGGGGAUUUAUUACGUCGGGCUUUCUUGCUGCUUUCUGGAAAGAGCCCCCUUUCUGCUGAAGGGAGUGAAGAGGAUCUACGGCGCUUCCUCUGGGGCGCUUACUGCGACCGUCUUGAUCCUCGGCCUGCCCUUGGUAAAUUGCUGUAGGGACUUAAUGGUGAUGGCAAAGGCAGCCAGGGUUAGGCGACUGGGCCCCCUGCACCCCAGCUGCAACCUGGCGAAGAUCGUCCGGGACUCCCUGGACCGGGACCUGCCCGAGGACGCCCACGUCCUGGCCACCGGGCGCCUUUGCGUGUCUCUCACGCGCAUGUCUGACGGACAGAACGUGAUUGUGUCCGAGUUCGGCACGAGGCAGGAACUCAUCCAGGCUCUGGUCUGCAGCUGCUUCAUCCCUGGCUUCUUUGGUCUGAUCCCUCCCUCUUUCCGUGGAGUGCGGUACAUGGACGGGGCCCUCAGUAACAACCAGCCGCAGUACCAGCUGAAGGACACGCUCACCGUGGCGCCGUUCUGCGGCGACUGCGUCAUCUGUCCCCGCGACGACGCCUUCAGCCUGCGCACGGUGCGCGUGUGCAGCGCCAGCUACCGCGUCAGCCUGCGCAACCUGCGCCGCCUCGCCAGGGUCUUCUUCCCGCCCGACCCCAAGGUCAUGGCUGAGAUCUGCCAGAGUGGGUACAAAGAUGGUCUUCAGUUCCUCAAAGACAACAACCUCCUGACCUCUCAGAGUUUGUGUGCCGGCCUUUCCGCCCCCGACGAGACGGGCCCCACGCCCGCCGGUUGCUGUGGUGACGAGGAUAACGCAUUGGAGCCCUGGACCAAUGAGGAGUCAUCGUCGUCAAAGGACGGGCACUGGUGGCUAGAUGAACAAACCAUUGACUGCCUGCCAGUGCCUAUUAAAAAAGUGCUCUGUGAGGCCUGUAGGGAGAAGCACAGCCUGUACGCUCAGGUGACAGACCUGCUCCCUGUGCGCGUGGCCUCCUACAUGCUGCUGCCCUACACACUCCCAGUGCAGUCUGCUUACUCCAUGGCUCAGAGGCUGGUGCGGCUGAUACCGGCGGUGGCGGAGGAGGUGAAGUGGCUGUUUGAGACGUGCGGGGAGCUGUACAGGCAGACGCUGGAGGCCGAGGGCCUGGAGGCCGCUGGUGAGGCCCCCCUGUGCUGGGACAGCCCCCCCGCCCUCGACCUGCGCCCGGGAGAGGACUCGCCACCCCGUUGCCUAGCGGCGGAAGCCACGCCCCCGUGCUUGAGCGACUCCGUUUCCAUAGCUGCCGGGAAGAAGAGCGCCUCUCCGCCUGCUGCGGUAAACGCCUGGACGCUGUUUCUCAGAUGGGUUGUAGGGUGGAUGAGUCCUGUCACCUUUGACCCCACCUUGUGACCUAUCACCUCCCCUCCCCUCCCUCACCCCAACUACCGCAAAUAAAGAACGGACCUGCUGCAUG